AUGGCUGACCUGAACGACGACAGCAUUAACUUGCGAGCACUGCGAAAGAUUGACAACCAAAUUGGCGAAAUUUUGUACAGCGCCGGUCAAGUGGCCAUUUACUACUACAACAUUGACGAAGUUAAUAGUGUCGAUACAAAUGGCGGCGAUGGCCCAGACAAUGAUGGAAAGUGGCAGCGCAAAGAAAUCGAAGGAGCGCUCUUUUUCGUACGACGUCUCUCCCAGCCGGAGUUUGCAUUUGUUGUCGUCAACAAGCUGAAUACCAUAAAUCUUGUACAAAAAAUCACAAAGGAUCUCGAAACUAGUGUUCAACUGCCCUAUCUCAUGUACAAAAACACCGAAAGUGAAAUUUACUGCGUCUGGUUCUAUGAUAGAGACCAGUGUUCUAUUCUGAACCAGAAAAUCGUUGAGGUGAUUGAUAAGAUGAAAACCAUUGAGACGAACAACUUUAACGGCAUCAAGUCCGUUCCGAACCACAACCCUGCGCAGUCUGACCUUCUCAAAAAGAUGCUGAGCAUGGAAAUUGCUCCCAAAAUAGCCCCUCGACCUGCACCGCAGAUUGAUUCCCAAAUCGAUUCUCAAAUCGCACCAAAAGUUCCGAACAUUGCCCCGCAAGCGGCCCUGCAAGUGGCUCAGCAGAUCGUUCCGCAGGUCGCUCCUCAAAUCGUUCCACAAAUGGUCCCUCAAAUUGUUCCAACAACUACCAACAACAUCUCUGUUCACAAGGGCAAAGACUCGGAGCACCCAUUGUACCUGUCAAUGGAGCAGCUGAAGAAGACGCUUGUGUAUCUGCUCCAAAACGAUGCAGACUUUUUGCACACCAUUCACACCACUUAUGUUGACGCCAUCAAAAAGUAA